UGCCAAAUGGGAACGGCAUGACGGCAGCACCAGAGGCUUCCACUGCACUCUACCUGCUUGACGGGGCUGGGCCGGGCCAGGGAGCUCCCUCUCCGCGUCGUCUCCGUCCCCGUCCUCGGCCGCCGCCGCCUCGGGCUGCUCGCUCGGUCCCCGCGGCGCGGCUUGGACGCUCCGGCCCUCCGUUGUCCUCCGCCCGCAGCUGCUCCGGGCGACGGGCUCCCGCGGCGGCGGCGGCUGCGCGGGCGGACGGUGGCCCAGGAGUUCCUGCUGUGGCUGCCGCGCUGCUGCGCUCGGUCGAGCUGCGGCUGUGGCUGUGA